AUGGUGACUGUCCGCACACCUGGCGCACCAAGCAAGGGACAGUGGUGUCUCCUCCUCAGUCAGGAGAGCCGGGUCCCAAGGGCCAAGAGGCUGGGCAGCGGAUGGUCCCUCUGCCAACGGCGUCCUGUGUACCUGGACGGCGAGCGAGCGAGCGAGGGUGGCAGCUGGGUGAGGAAGGUGCUGCUGGAGAAAGCGGAGUGUGGCGCCCGGCGGGUGAGAGCCGGUGGCAUGGUGAGCCCCACCGUGAGUGGCCAGAAGGGCCCCAUGGAGCUGAAAUCGCUGGCCAUGGUGCUGACCAUGCUUUGGCCUUGGUGCCCUGAGGACUGGGAUGAAAGUGAACUCCAGGACUCUCUGGAGUUGGCCCUGCAGCCUGUGGGCCACUUUACUGUGCUGGGAAAAGUGUUCCAAGGAGAGGAGGGUCAUGCCACUGUGGCCCUGGUCAGGCUCGAGGAACUCAGCUAUGCUAUGGUCUCCAGGGAAAUCCCAGGCACCAAAGGCUCCUUGAACAUGGACUUUGUGCCCUAGAGGUCGGGUGAGGAGUUUCUAGGUCCAGAGUUCCACUUGCUAGAGCAACAGGGGCAGAUGGCCAGUGUGGCCGGUGCUCUGCAUAUGAAUCAGCCAGGGCUGUGCUGGCUCUGAUCCGUGAGUCAGGUGAUCCACUUUGCCUGAGAAGGUGAGGGAUAGUGCCUGGGUGUUUGUUCCCGGAGGGAGCUGCGCCCUGGAGAAGGGUCCUUGGAGGCCUGGUUAGACCACACCACUGAUGUGCUGCCUGUGUGGCAGGAAGUCUCGGAAAGGGAGAGCAAGAGGAAGCUGAUGGAAGGCUUGAGUGGGGUUCCCCAGCGGCUGUUGCACAGGCUCCUGGCCGAGAAUCCCCAGGACUACCCGGCAGCCCUGAUCUGGGUGUUUGGAGACAAAGGGCCCAGGCCAGCCAUCUGACCCAAGUGUUUCACUGCUCAGCAGCAGUCAGGUGAGCAUCUCUCAGCCUCCGUGUUGCGCCUGGAAGUCAUGCUGCAGACAAAGCCAUCCCUGAAGGGCCCUGGCCCUGGCCUCUGCAGAUUGUGGGCAUUCCGCUCCUGGCUCCCAGCACUGGGCUAUUCAGACACUGCUGCCACCAGCACUUCACAUGCCUGUCUGUCUGGCCUGCACGUGGUGACAUAG